AUGAGUAAGAACAAUGAUGAUAAUACUCUAGAAUAUUAUAGAGCAAAACAAAAUGUUGGACAAGUAUAUGUAAAUAAACAAGAAAAAAAAGAAAAAUCAUUAAAAUCGACAUUAGAAAAUGAAUCAUUACAAUCAAGUUCAGCUGGUUAUGUUCCUCUGAAAGAAUUACCAGCAAAACAACAAGAGUUUGAACGUUAUAAAGAAAUAACAUUUGCACAGAAAGCAAGUGAGAAAGCAAAACAAAAUCCACUUAUACCAAUUGGUUUAUUAGCAACUGUAGCUGCAUUAACAUUAGGACUUCGUGCAGUAUCACGUGGUGAUAAAUGGCAAUCACAAAUGAUGAUGCGAGCUCGAAUUGGUGCUCAAGGUUUCACAAUUCUUGCUGUUCUUGCUUCUAUUAUGUAUGCUGGUGCUGGACAAAGUCAAGGAUCUAAUCAAGAACCAUCACCACCUCGUCGAUCUUCUUCCUCAUAG